AUGACGUCUCUUCGGCUCAUAGCAAUCGCAUCCGGACCGCUACUUCAAGCCCUCAUGCUUUUGAUCUCGCAUCAGAAUCAUUGGGGAAGCUCCCUGCUCCGGUCGGUAAUUCUGUCUGGAUGUGUUCUCUGGCCGGGUGUCUUGAUAUGGACUUUGCGGCUAAGCGAUCUGCCGCCACUCGAGACAAGAGGCGGUAGCCGUCACGAUGAGCAUUCGGCUUAUGCUGCUAGCGAUCUGGAGCGCCGACAUCUCGGUAUUCCAGUCAGGUGGUGGAUUGCAGGGACACUCGAAUUUAUGUCGCUUGUUACAGCCAUCGGCGCUGGGAUGACAGUGAAAUUUUUCCCGCUCUUCUUCCGAGUCGACUAUCACUUCACACCCCUGGAGGUUUGCAUUCUGAGUUGCGUGUACCCUUUAUGCAUCUCUGCCAUGGUCGGAUCGCUUGUCCUGGUCCUUCCGCUCUACCUGCUGAGGGGUGCGCUGAUGAACGCAAGAGGUCCUAUCGUUCGCUCAAUGAUCAUGGACUUGGUUACCUCAGAUCUUCGAGGAAGAUGGAACUCCAUCCAGUCUUUGUCUGGCUUCACAUGGUCUGGAAGUGCCGCUCUAGGCGGCUACUUGGCUGACUAUGCCGGCGACUAUCGUUUCACAUUUAUCGUAACCGCCUUGAUCUACACGGCGUCUUUCUUCAUUGGUUUGCCUCUUUAUUUCAUCUACCCAGCAGAUCAGGGUCUGGACUUCGCCUUCUUGGCUGUGUGCUUUUGCAUUUGGGCGGUGGGCAACUGUUGUGGGCGGCAAUCCAUCUGGACAGGCAGCUCGGGUCGCUUUGCUGUUGAUGGGCCAGCAGCCGGAUUCGCCGAGAGCCGCCAGACCCCUCCUGGAAAAGCACCGGCCCGGCACAGCCACGACCCACCUUGGACGCGGACGGCCAACACGGAGGUCCAGAAGCUCCACACAGACGACCCUUCAAUUGACCAGCUUGCCUCGCUCAAUCAAGUGGUGGCUGGCGGCUCGGCACCGUAUGCCGCCAACAUGGAACGGCAUGAAACAGCUGGCCAGAUCGACAAGUUCCUGGCCAAGCCGGCGGGCCAGCUAAGCACCGUGCCUUGCAGUGAGGUGGUGCUGGGCUCUACCUUCCGGUGCCGUGUCAUGGCUGGUCCCGACGACCCCAUCAUAGCCACGAUCAGCGGCACAAUUUCUUGCUGCCCGCGAGGUCACCAUAAAUCACAGAUGCAUUCUCUCUCUCUCUCUCUCUUUAUAAAUCAAGUGGUCGUUGCAUUGGCAGUCGUGGUGGAGCUCCAGGACCCCGAAGUGACUGAGGAUGAGCUCGAGGAAGAGCUCGAGUGGUGA